UCUCAUCAUGCUAGUAUAUGUCUUAAGGCAAAUUAUUUAACUUAUAUCUCACCUUUACUACAAGGAAACAUAAAGUAUGCUCAGCCUAGCACUAGUGGCUCACACCUAGAAUCCUAGCAGCUCAGGAGGCAGAGAUCUAAAGAAGAAGGUACACCCAUUGCCUGAGAAUUAAGUGAGAUGAUACAUGCAAAGAGAAUGGAAACAGAGUUCAGUAUAUUGAUCACUUUUAAGGAACUACUCCUUGCUAUUAUAUCACCAUAACUCUUAAAGGAAUUGGCAAGUAGAAAGCAGGACUUGGAGGUGGAAACAGGCCAGCCUGGCUGGCCAUAUGAACCUGAGUCAUCCCACCCAUCCCUACCCCGUCAUGGUGAGAUGGCCCAGGGGAUAUGCCACAAUGUCAGCCAUGGCUGUUGAGAUUGGAGAGCGACUUGAAGAAAAGCUGGGUCUCCCACUGCGAGAGGCCUCACCUCUGCUCUGUGACCAUUGCAGUCUUGAGAAGACCAGCAUCAUGUCUCUGAGCAGCGCCUUCAGGGCUGUGGGCAAUGAUCCUGGGAUCAUCACCUGGAGAAUCGAGAAAAUGGAGCUGGCACUGGUGCCCCUGAGCGCCCAUGGCAACUUCUAUGAGGGGGACUGCUACAUCGUCCUCUCGACCCGGAAAGUGGGCAGUCUCCUCUCCCAGAACAUCCACUUCUGGAUCGGGAAGGACUCCUCUCAGGAUGAGCAGAGCUGUGCAGCCAUCUACACAACACAGUUGGAUGACUACCUGGGAGGCGGCCCCGUGCAGCAUCGUGAGGUGCAGUACCACGAGUCUGACACCUUCCGUGGCUACUUCAAGCAGGGUAUCAUCUAUAAAAAGGGCGGUGUGGCCUCUGGGAUGAAGCAUGUGGAGACCAACACCUAUGAUGUGAAACGCCUGCUACACGUGAAGGGGAAGAGAAACAUUAGAGCUACCGAAGUAAGUCCUGUCCAUUGCCUCCUGGACCCAGGAACUUCUCCCUCUAAACAAUGUUUACCCUUCACCUUGCAGGUACCAGUGACCUGGGACAGCUUUAACCGAGGUGAUGUCUUCUUGCUGGACCUCGGGAAGGUCAUCAUCCAAUGGAAUGGCCCAGAGAGCAAUAGUGGGGAGCGCCUGAAGGCUAUGCUUCUGGCAAAGGAUAUACGGGACAGAGAGCGAGGGGGUCGUGCUGAAAUAGGAGUGAUUGAGGGAGACAAGGAGGCAGCCAGCCGGGAGCUGAUGAUGGUCCUUCAGGACACUCUUGGCCGUCGCUCCAUUAUCAAGCCUGCAAUCCCUGAUGAGAUCAUAGAUCAGCAGCAGAAAUCAAAUAUCAUGUUGUAUCAUGUCUCAGACACAGCUGGGCAGCUGGCAGUCGUGGAGGUAGCAACCAGGCCUCUAGUCCAAGACUUAUUAAACCAUGACGACUGCUACAUCCUGGACCAAAGCGGAGCCAAGAUCUAUGUGUGGAAAGGAAAAGGAGCCACAAAGGUUGAGAAGCAAGCGGCCAUGUCCAAAGCCCUGGGCUUCAUCCAGAUAAAGGGUUACCCCAGCAGCACCAACGUGGAAAUGGUUAAUGAUGGUGCUGAGUCAGCCAUGUUCAAGCAGCUGUUCCAGAAGUGGUCAGUGAAGGACCAGACCACAGGCCUGGGGAAAACAUUCAGCAUUGGUAAAAUAGCUAAAGUUUUUCAGGACAAGUUUGAUGUGACUCUGCUGCACAGCAAGCCAGAGGUAGCUGCCCAGGAAAGAAUGGUGGAUGAUGGCAAUGGGAAAGUUGAGGUCUGGAGAAUUGAGAACCUGGAGCUGGUCCCUGUGGAGCACCAAUGGCAUGGUUUCUUCUAUGGGGGAGACUGCUACCUGGUUCUCUACACAUAUGAGAUGAACGGGAAGCCGCACUACAUCCUGUACAUCUGGCAGGGCCGCCAUGCCUCACAGGAUGAGCUGGCAGCCUCGGCCUACCUGGCAGUGGACAUGGAUCGGCAGUUUGAUGGGGCCCCUAUGCAGGUUCGGGUCAGUAUGGGGAAGGAGCCACGCCACUUCAUGGCCAUCUUCAAAGGAAAGCUGGUUAUCUAUGAGGGUGGGACUUCCAGGAAAGGAAAUGCUGAGCCUGACCCUCCUGUGAGGCUCUUCCAGAUUCAAGGAAAUGAUAAGUUUAACACCAAAGCAGUGGAAGUGCCAGCCUUUGCUUCCUCCCUAAACUCUAAUGAUGUCUUCCUGCUGCGAACCCAGGCAGAGCACUACCUGUGGUAUGGCAAGGGGUCCAGCGGGGACGAGCGGGCAAUGGCUAAGGAACUGGCUGGGCUUCUCUGUAAUGGCACCGAAGACACUGUGGCUGAGGGCCAGGAGUCUGUGGAGUUCUGGGAACUACUGGGAGGGAAAACCCCCUAUGCCAAUGACAAAAGACUACAGCAGGAAACCUUAGAUAUCCAGCCCCGUCUCUUUGAGUGUUCCAAUAAGACCGGUCAGUUCAUGGUCACUGAGAUCACAGACUUCACCCAGGAUGACCUGAACCCAGGUGAUGUGAUGCUCCUGGAUACCUGGGACCAGGUGUUCUUGUGGAUUGGAGCUGAGGCCAAUGCCAUAGAGAAGGAGAGAGCUCUUGCGACUGCCCAGGAAUACCUGCACACUCACCCCAGCGGCCGAGAUACCAACACCCCAAUCCUAAUCAUCAAACAGGGGUUUGAGCCUCCCAUCUUCACAGGCUGGUUCCUGGCCUGGGACCCUCAAAUUUGGAGUGCAGGAAAGUCAUAUGAGCAGUUAAAAGAGGAGCUGGGAGAUGCUGCUGCUAUCAUUCGAAUCACUGCGGACAUGAAGAAUGCAAGCUGCUCUCUGAAUUGUGACAGUGAGCCAAAAUAUUACCCUAUAGAAGUUCUAAUGAAAAAUGUGGAUCAGGAGCUGCCUGAAGAUGUAGAUCCUACCAAAAAGGAGAAUUACCUCUCUGAAAAGGACUUUGUGUCUGUCUUUGGCAUCACAAGAGGGCAGUUUACUGCUUUGCCUGGCUGGAAACAGCUCCAACUGAAGAAAGAAAAGGGGCUUUUCUAAGGCAAGAAGGCAUAUGUCUAUUCAAGACCACCAAAGAGAGCUCAUUGCCAAUAUCAGCAAAGAAUUUAUCUACCAAAUUCUGCCUAAUACUCAGCCAUCGAUUUAAUUAUAAUAGUCUAAGAAUCAGCAUGUUCAUUUCUGUCUCAUCCUUGCAAUCCUUGGUUGAUAUUGAUAUAGACCUAAAAUGUUAACUACCCACUUUCUGGUUUCCAGCUAAAAUUUUAGCAGGAAGCACUAAAAUCUGUAUGCAUAUAUAUAUAUAAGUCAAAAGAAGGAGAACCAAAAAGCUAAGCUUGAAAUGUUUAACAGUGCCAGGACCUAUAUCUGCUUUAAAAUUUAGGAUUAGCAUUUCUAAAACCUAUUUAACCUACAAAGCAUUGAAGCUAUUUGCAUGUACACAUCCAGGAUAAAAAUCUAAAUGCCCAGAUCUCUUAUGUGCCAGAGGAUUUUUAACUUUUUAAAUAAAGAAACCUAGAUGAAUGGAGUUCUUUUCAGUAUUUGGGGCUUGCGUGUUCUGGUAAUUACACUAUAUGUAGGGAGCAGUGUUUCAGUACUGCUUUCAGUGAAAGGCAUUGUUGUUGAGUGAGCCCUCUAGCUAACGGCACCACUGUAAUUCCUAUCUCUUGCAUAAGAAUGUCAAAAUCUGCCUUAUCAGGUAAAGGAUGUAGCACACAGUGUUUGCCUUACAUGUAUGAGGCCCUGGGUUAGAUCUCCAAUACCUCAAAAACAAAAAAUCUUGUAUCAUAUAUGUAUGUGCAGAAAACAGUACCCACCCACACCGUUACACAAAGGGAAGCUGAGCCAUUUACUAUUAAUUU